CCAAUUUCCUCAAGAAAUUUGUAAAAGUUUAAUAGAUUUCAGUGUAAACCUAGCCAUGACUUCCGAUUGGGACGAAAUAAAACGUCUGGCCGCCGAUUUCCAGAAGGCACAGCUGUCCACCAGCUUGCAAAGAUUAUCGGAGCGGAAUUGCGUAGAAGUGGUUAGUUUACUGAUCGAGAAAGGCCUGCUGGAGGUGAUUUUCACAACCGACGGCAAGGAGUACCUCACCCAGGCGCACCUGACGCAAGAGGUGAAGGAUGAACUGUUUGUACAGGGAGGUAGGGUCAACCUGGUUGAUCUGGCCAAAACAUUGAAUGUUAAUUUCGAACGAGUGCAGCGAAUCGCUGAGCAGGUGGUUAUCGAAGAUGGGACCAUUAAGUUCGUUCUCGGGCAGCUUUUGGACGUAUCGUACUUCGAGCGAGUGGCUAUGGAGAUCAAUGAAAAGUUAGCCCAAGCCGGUGAGAUAAACGUUGCGGACCUCACGAUUCAGUACGACUUGCCAGCGGAUUUUAUCUUGAACAACAUCGUGUUGAAAUAUUUGAACAAGAUUAUUAUGGGAAAGCAGGAUGCAUCGAAUGGAAAUAUCUUCUUCACGCAGUCGUAUGUUACCAGAAGUAAGGCUAAAGUGCGUGGUGCUUUGACUGGAAUUACAAAACCGACUCCUGUAUCGGCUAUUCUUGCUCAGUGCAACAUCCCGGAUAGAUUAUUCUUUUCGCUGGUUAAUGAAGUAGCUAUGCUUGGCAUUGUCACUUCCAGAUCGCCGGGUGCUCAGUACAUUCCGCAUAUUUAUAGGAAGACACAAGUCGAUUGGGUUCAGAACUUUUACCGUCAGAAUGGAUACUUGGAACAUGACUCCGUGGCUGGAUUGGGUGUUUCCGAUGUGAAGAAUUUCAUUGCUAAUCAGUUGCCCGAAGCGAAAAUUGUGCACUUAAAAAAGUGUAGCGUUGGGGAGAAACUCAUAGAUCAGGUUUCUGCUUUAUUGGAUGAGUGUAUAUCGUCGAACACUUAUUUGGACGUCUCGAAUAUCUUGCCUUCAAUCAUGAGCGACGAGGAUAUUGAACAGCUGAUUUCGAUGGUGCUUUCACCAGCAAUGCAAAAACAAACGCUUAUUUUCGGUAGCACGAUUUUGACGAGCAAGUUCAUCGAUGAUAUAAUAAAGCCCUGUUACGACAUUGCUGAUGACCAUGCGAAAAAAUCUGUUGAUAGUGGAAGCUAUCAGCAAUACAUGGCGGAGAGAAUGAUAAAACAGCAGGACCCGGUUGAUAGGGAACCGGUUAAUGCGGAAGGGAAAGCCGACAAGAGGGAUGAACGUCGAAAGAAGGCUACUGGGGGAAAGGGUGGUGGUGGUACACAGGGACGUGAGACGAAAACGAAAUCCACCAAAAAGCAUACCCGAGGACAACGGGGCAAUGUUUCAGACUCGGAUGACGACAGCAUGCCCGGUGGAAAUGCGGGCAUCAAGAAGGGUGGCAAGGAAGCGAGUAUCGAACUUAUUACAACGAAGGAAAUCGCAAAGGUUCUAGAAGUAGGACUGGAACCUGAAGGGUUGGAAGAUCUUUCCAAGCAGUUGGCUCAGCAUUAUUAUCCACAAUUCAGCAAGCUAGCAUUGGCAAAAGCCCACCAGCUGUACGAAAUAUCGCUGCAUCAAACCAAUCAGAACCGUCGCCAGACGCAUGCCAGCCUGCAGGACAAGCUCAACAAUCUCUACAAUGACAUUCGCCUGUACGAGAAAGGCAUCAAACUGCUUCCGGCGGACGUACAGCCACAACUGGUGAAAUAUCUGCUAAAAUCUCUUGGUACGGAUUUUGGCAACGAAAUAUGCUUCUACAUCGCUGCCGAAUGCAAUCUCAACAGCAAUGGUACGACUUUAACCGUAGAGCAACGGCAUAAAAUAGCUCAGGACUGUAGUCAAGACUAUAAGCCGGCACUGCAGGCGUUGAAUAAAGCCAUCACCAGCAGCGCUUCCAUAGAUGAUUUCCUAGUUGUCGCAGAAAAUGCCCUUCAAGCGUGCAGUAUGAUACUGAAGAAGAUCGACAAGAAGAAGGAUAGGAACCUAAUUUUAUGUCACAAACACGGGUUGCUCGAACAAUUGGCAAACUGUACGGACCCGGCCCUGGUUCUGCACUUGGCUGUACUUAUUAUCUUCACGAUUUGCACCCAGAGUAUGCUACAUGCUUCCGGGCGGCAUGUUUCGUCUAUACUAAGCUUCUUGCAGCCGCAACUCAAUCCCGAACAAGCACAAACACUGACGAACUAUCACGACUUAGUACUAAAACUCCUAAGCACCGAAGGCGCUACUCCGGACAGUAAACCCGACGUAGAAGGAAUAACUAAACAAUUGGAAGAGCUGACUGCUACCGUUAAGGAAAUUGCCGGUGGCUUUAAGAAAUCUGGCGUUACUAGCGCUGAAUAAUUUUCGUAUUGAGCUAGGUAAGUAUACCGUUGACCAUGUUUAAAGUUUUUAUAUCGUUUCAAUAAAUAUUUGCAUUCAAAUCCAA